AUGACUAAAAACCGGAUUCUUUUCAUCACAAAUGCCGAGCUUGGGCAGGCCAACGUCCAACUCGCAGUCAUCCAGGAGCUCCUUGCCAAAACGGACGACUACGAUCUGCACCUCGCCUCCUUUGGUGGCCUCUCACAAGCGGUCGACUUACUCAACCAAACCACAACCCCUCAAAGAGCAGUGACUUUCCACGAACUUAAAGGUCCUACAUGGAAAGAGGCCUUAUUCGAACGCCCGGAACAUAAAUGGAAGGAAACUUGUGCCCUCGCACCAACGUGGCGGAACGCCUCGCGGUUGGCCCCGAUGAUGACACGGAUCGUAGCACCCUGGAGUAGAGAGGAGCUGGUCGACCUCGUGCUGCAGACUGAAAAGGUGGUCAAAGAUGUCGACGCUGACCUCGUUAUUGUUGACAACCUCUUCACUCCGGCCAUCACCGUGUGCUACAACCUCAAGCCGAAAUGGUCUGUCCUAUCGCCAAACUCGUAUCGAGAGUUCAUUCUCGGUUAUCAAACAGAAUUCGAACGCCUGUAUCAACAUCCUCCAUGCGCCUCCCUCCUUCCGUAUCCCGUCCCUUUCUACCUACGACCAGCCGCAUGGUAUAUUCAGAAGCAAUAUAUGAAAUUGGCGAAGGACCAGUGGGUAAUUGGACAUGCGAUGAAUAUGCAAGAGAAGAUAAACAAGCCGUAUUCAGACUGGGGGAGAGUAUCGUACGACCCGCCCAAGGGCCUCAAGAUCAUCCUCCCAAGUAAUUCACACAACGAUUUCCCGUUCAGCGUUGUCCCUGACCAUAUCGUCUCUUGCGGGCCAAUCGUCCGGGUUGCGAAGCCCGUUGAGGAGACUGACCCUGACUUGGCUGCUUGGCUCAGGCGGCGGCCGACAGUCUUCAUCAACCUGGGCAGCCAUGUGAUAUACGAUAAGGACGCCACGUCGGAGCUGACGGCGGCUGUGCAUUCCCUCCUCGACGAGGCCAAGAAAACCAAGCAGGAUAUCCAGGUUCUAUGGAAGAUGAACAAGUCUGCCGGUGGACAAGAAGGGGGCCAGAGGAGCGCGGUCUCCUCGGCUAUGAACGGCUACGCGGAGAACGACCGCAUCCGAAUCGUAGACUGGCUCGAGACCGAGCCCAUCUCCAUCCUCAGAUCCGAGAAUGUUAUAUGCUCCGUGAACCACGGCGGCGCCAACUCGUACUUCGAGGCUGUAAGCGCCGGCGUUGCCCAAGUGGUACUUCCGGUUUGGUUCGAUACGUAUGACUUUGCGCGCCGCGUGGACUAUCUGGGCAUUGGCAGGAUCGGCAAUCGGCAGCACGCGCCCAGUCUCUCCAAGGACGAGCUGGCCCCCGUGCUCAGGCAGGUGGUCCUCGGGCGGGAGGCGGAGCGAAUCAGGGAGAGAGCCGCAGUGAUUGCAAAGGCAUGCCAGGCCGGUGGGGAUGGCCGAGAAAUUGCCACGCAGGCCAUCCUCGAACUAUUGACGGAUGGGGAGUAA